CAAGUCCACCUGUCUUAAAGUUGCCAAGGUUGAGAAACACCGAUCGGAAGUUUUUCAAUGAGAUGACUCGAGGAACCAGUAGUGAAUUAAUUGCAGGUAAACAUGGUGAAGCCACAGAAGAGUGGAGUUGCUGUUUUUUUUCUUUAGAGAUCUGACUUGUUGAAACAGCCGCGCCUUGUGGAUGCGCUUGUUGAUUUCUACUUAUGUUCUGCUUGUGUUGGGUGGUGGAAAAAGCUCACAUGGGACAAAUAAAUCAUGUGUGCAGUUGAAUCGAGGGGAAUAUGUUGUCUGGGAUUCUGAGAAGUGGCUUAGCGGGCCCACUUGGUUCACCUGAUAUGGUCAUCUCAAUAAGGUCUCUAUGCAAAAGACAAACUAAGCUCUCCUGACCAUGGUCAGCUUUUCCCCAAAAGUGGAUUUAUCUUAAUUUGGGGGUGGUAGGUAAAAGUGGAUAAACUGUCUCAUAGGUUGAGGGGUGAUGUGUCUUUUGGGUCUGUUUCCAAGAAACCCCUGGAACUUGCAAGUUACUAUUCCAAAGGACUGGUUGAAAAGGAUAAACAUGGAUCAACAUCUCAUGCCUGGACAGUUCCUUUCCUUUAAAACAGCUCUCCCCCAACCUGGUGCUCUCCAUAUGUAUUGGACUACAGCUCCCAUCAGCCACAGCUAUGGGAUGAUUCCCCUGUUUGUUUCCAGAUUUUUCCCACAUUGUGGGGAAAAGAAACAGAAGACCAAUCUGGUAAGGGGUUUGCAUCUAGAAAUGGAAGGGGGGAGUUAUAUUUGGAGGGGAAGAGGACACUCUUACAUGGUGUCUUACCCUUGGAACUCUGGUUUAUUGAACAAGCCAUGGUGGACUGGUUCACAUGGAGUGCUAAGCCGUGACCAUGGUUUACAAAGAACAGCAGGUGGCUUCACACACUGCGUGAUCUGAAACCAGACAAGUCACAAUAUGUCUUGGCAUGCUAUGGAAACUCUGACCCCACCCGAAGAAACUGCUUGAGCCAAGAGCUGUUAAAGAGAGUCUGGGGCUCCAUCUUUCCUCAUGCAAAAUUUUACAUUUCUAACCAAGCUGUGGGUGACUUAUUUUUUCUAAAACGUGGUUAGUUUUUACUUGGGACACAGCAUUCUGCUCCUUUGCCUGCCUGCAAGUCCAUGUGGUUUUUAAUUAAACGUGAGUUGGUGGAUCCAUGGCUACCUUUUCUGUGGCUGCUGAUGCUCAGAGAAGUUGGAGCUAUUUCAUUUAUUUCUGCAAAAAGCAAACAAAAAAGAAAUCCAAACAUGAAUAAUAAAUACUUGAGAUUCUAGAUUUCUAGAGAUGGUCAAAUGAUCGGGGUGGGGUGGGGGGUAGGAGAAGUAGCAUGUUGAAAAGCGGAUAUGUAAAGGCAUGAAGAAAAGGAGGCCAGAGAGACUAUGGUGUGUUAAGGGUGAAGAUGAAAGAAAAUUAGAAUAAAGGAGGUGCUUUUAUAUACUGGGAAAAAUAAGGGUCUUUUUUGUGGUGCAGAACUCUAGUGAGUUCAGGUAAACAACCCUAACUUUUUCCCCUUCUUUUAAUUUUAGGGAUAUCAGCAGAUUUACGGGAUCUGCACAGCCUCUUCCUGAACGUGUCUACUUGGACCUAAAUCCUGGUGUGGACCUAUUUUCAUAUAGGCACCUCAACCACUGUGUCCUGCAAUAGGGCAAAUUUCUAAGGCUUUGUGACAUCCCAUGAUGCGGUCAUAUGUUUCUCAGAAGCAAAGUGAACUUUGUUGAACGGGUACAAAGACCCCUCCCAAAAGAAGCCAUGCAGGACAGCUAUCAGAAUGUCAUGGCGCUGGGCCGGACGCCCCUGUUGCCGAAUUAUCCUGCAGUUGCAAAAGACACUCAGGAGUCCCAAAGGCAAAGGGCCAAGUUUUGGAGCAAAGAAGAGAUUGGGCUCUUUGUUGACCUCUGGAUCAGCCCAGAGGUCCAGAAUGAACUCCAGAAUACCUACCACAACGAGGUGGUCUUCAACUGGCUCUCCAACGAAAUGGGCUUGCGGGGCUUCAACCGCUCGGCUCGCCAGUGCCGUGAGAAGAUGAAUGCGCUGAAGAAGAAAUUUAAGGAGGUCACCACUCACAACAAAUGCCCUGGCGCCGGCGAAGUGCGAACCAUGCCGUUCUACGACAAACUGGCCACAAUCCUGCUGAGUCGAAGGGACGCCAAGCAUUCUUCCAACAGUGGCGAUAAGGGUCAAUGGUCCAGGCAGGCUUCCUCACCUGCUCCUGGAACAUCUGGACAGGCGGCUUUACUUGCGAGGCCAUCUUUAAUUAGUCCGCCAGGGCUGAGGUCCACUGGGACAGCCGGCCAAAGCAAAUCCCACCUCCAGCAGCCCCCUCAGAAGCAGCCUCGCCUUCUCCAGGCUGGGACAGUGUCCCCGACUCACUGCCACCGGCCUCUUUUGCAGCCCAACCGGAGCCUGGCUAUGCAAAAGCACCGGGGGCAUUCAUCUCCAUGGCCUGCCCCCAACCAGCUUGCAGUCGUCACUCCAAAAAUCGAGGAGCAGUCGCCAGAGGAAGAGGACCCACCCAACACGAUGUGCUCCGUGCUCCAAGGAAGCCACCUCCCCAUGGAGGUGCGUGUUAUCGAUGAGAAUGGCAUCACAGUCACAUCAGCCAUGUGUGAGGAGGUCAAACAGGAGCAGGAGGAAGAGGAAACCGGUCCGGAUCCUGAGUUAGACUUUGAUACCAAGUUUGAAAGAGAAAUUGUGGAUGAUGGCGAACCUCCAGAGGCAACUACCACCCGCCUUGACCCAGACGUGCUGUCAGAGUAUUCAGAAGAACCGUACGAUGAGACUGAAGGGGUGGAUGACUUGCCUGUGGAUUUACUACAGUGUUUUGGGGACCGAUUCUCAUCCUUUGGUGGGAUAGAAGAGAGCAACCAUGACCAGGAAAGACCCAAACAUGAACAUCCCUUAUCCAGAGCUUUAUCUACAGCUGAAAGUCUCAUUCAGGAGCAGGAGGGGGAAGCGCUCGACAGCUCCGACAUCAUUUGCGCUCCCCUGGGCAACAUUGGACGGAAGGAUCUGAACGCCAGCUUUGAGGGUGGGGUAGGGCCGCCAAUUGACCGUGUUCCACCUGCUAGAGGCCUGGGAGAUGAUGCUCCGCUGACCAGUGCGCAGAGAACCGCCCGGUUCAGGAACAAGAGAAAAAUUGAGAGAGUUCAGUUGGCGAAGGAGCUAAUUAAUGCCACCCGAGAAACUGGGGAGAACAUCCGUGAGGCUCUUUAUGAGCUUGAUAGUAAGGAGUCGCAGAGGCGGGUUGACGAUCGCAAAGUCGCCGUGUGGUGCGCAAAGCACAUUGCGAAAAGCAUCCGAGUCUCUAGCCAAACCAUGGCUGCCGCCAUGCGUGAUUCUGAUGCUGCCUUCCAGAGGUGCAUGGAGAGCUACACCGUGGCCCUCGAGAGGCAAACAACUCUGUUGGAGAACAUUGCUGAUUCACUAAACGCUCGCGUGUCGGCUCCCCAGCCCUCCCUCCCCAAUCCCAUUCCCGCCGAUGGGACACGUGGGACAUCCCUGUGUGCAAGUCCUGUACCAGCACCUUCGCCCCCCAUCCCCAUGGAGUCAGAGAAGACUCCUCCCUCACCGAGAAGCCAGCCUGGGAAUGAGGAAGAGUCUCCCGGGGGGGCAGACUCCAAUAGCAGUAGCCGAUAAUAGUCUGAAGGCAACCUUCCCCAAUUUGGUGCUCCCUCCCAAUGCGUUGGGACCACAACUCCCAGAAUUCUCAGUCUGCAGGAGGGCACCGCUCUGAAGAAGGUUGGUCUUCACAGAACAUUGAGUUGCUGCAUUGUUCCUCUUGUCAACAGAACAGAUCACCAAGCCUUCUCAAAUGUUGACAAGGUUACCUCAGUACUUCCAUUUACUCCUAUACAAUCGUUCAAGGUUUCUUCUGUUACGUUACUUGAGAAAACCGGUGCUAUUUUCUGCACCUUAUUCUUGUUUACAAAGCUCUGUUAAACCUGCUUUUUUUUCUAGCACUGUAUACAAUGCCCAAUAUUUACUAGACGGCACAGCCAGCUUAUGCCAUAAUAAAUUUGUUAGUUUUUAAGAU